CGGGGCGAGUGAUGCCGCGAGGUCCGCCGUGGAGCUUUCUCUCUGCCGCGACCCGCUUGCAAGCUCUCAGCCUACUUGUCCUUCUUCUCGCCCCCAAGCUACCGAAAUGGAAGCCCAACCCUCCGGGCUGGAGGUUAGCACCUUGUUUUAGAAGGGUGGGGGUCCGUUGUGUCUUUGUCUUCCUCCUCCUCCUUGCUCUCCCUCCCUCCGUCUUUCAUCCCAUCCCGCUCGUGCGCCCUCAGGUGACGGAGGGCGAGGUGGAGGGCAAGCCGUGCGAAAUUGCGGAGUGGCGCAUCGGCCACCUCCCCUCGAAGCUGAAGGGAUGCAUGGGCAAGGCCCUCGUGUCGCCCCCGUUCACGGCCGCUGGGCACGAGGACGUGCGGCUGAUGGUGUUCCCUGAGGGCAAGGAUGCGGCCAAGGGGCCCCGGAGCAAGCGGCAGAAGGAACUGUACGCAAAGAAAGUCUCGGAGGGGCCCUUGGACGGCUGCCUGAAGAUGAAGUUCGUGCCGGAAGAUGGCAGCCUGGUGCUUGAGUAUUACCUCAGCGUGGGCAGCGAGAGGCCCGUCGGAGCGGCCCG